UAUGCUUUGCAAAGAUAACUGCAAUAUUAACUGACAUAAACGUGUGUGCGUCUUGUGCCGGAGUCUCUUCCGGCGUUGCCGGAAGCAAGCGAGAUGUGGACAUCAGCCAGUUAGCGUCUUUCUUGUUCCAAGUUCAAAGCUGUUUUGGAUGGCGGCGGACCGGACGGAAGCGGAGGUCCCGGACGACGCCGUGGGAAGGCGGGUGUCGUGCGGCCAGCACCGGGCCACGGUCCGCUUCGUGGGCGCCGUGCCGCCCACGGCAGGUGUGUGGUUGGGCGUGGAGUGGGACGACCCCACGCGAGGGAAACACGACGGGUGCCACGACGGCGAGCGCUACUUUACGUGCAGGCGCCCGACGGGCGGCUCCUUCGUCCGCCCGUCCAAGGCGAGUUGGGGCGUGGACUUUCUGCGGGCGGUGCGGCGCGAAUACGGCGUGGACGCCAAGGCGGCGCUCGGCGAAGAGAUCGCCGUCUCCGGCAAAACGCUGGAGUGGGCCGACGUCAGGGAGCGCAGUUUGGAGAGUCUCCCCAGCGUUCUCCUCAAAAACUGCCUGGUGAACGGACCGGGAGAAGAUGGGCAGAUCCUCAAAGCCACACCGAAUGUGCGCUGGUUGGACCUGAGCGCCUCCCUGCUGUGCCGCUGGGAGGACGUGGCCGCGAUUGGCGUCCAGCUGGAACAUCUGGAGACGCUUCUGCUCAGCUCAAACAGACUGCGUCUACCCUCCGACCCCUCGGCCCACCGCCGGGCUUUCCGUAACCUGAAAGUUCUGACGCUCAUCGAUUGCGAGCUCACGUGGACGCAGGUCUUGCGAUGCGCCCCCAUGUGGCCCGAGUUGGAGGAGCUCAUCGUGGAGGACAACCGCAUCACGCGCUUGGACAGGCCCGAGGGCGUCCUGCAGGAGCUCAGGAGUCUCAACGUGUCCAAAAACCCUCUCGACCAGGAGAGCCUGCUCAACCUGGCCGCGCUACCGAGACUGGAGCAGUUGACGAUGACGGACACGGGCUUCUCCGACAUCCGCUUCCCCGACGCCGCGCCGGCUAAGCUCAGUCGUCCGUCCCGCGUGUCCGUUCCGUCGGGACCGGAGACGUCCCCGUUCGCGUCCCUGGAGAAGCUCAACUUGAGCCGCAACAACAUCUCCGAGUGGGGCGUGAUCGACGAGCUGUCCAAGUUGCCGUCGUUGCGACAUCUUUGGUGUCGGGGAAACCCGUUGGCCAGCGCCGACCGCAACCCGAGGACGGCCAAUCAGAUGCUCGUCGCCAAGCUGCCGCACCUGCGGGUCCUCGACGGAUGCGAGGUCACCCCCGAGGAGAGGAGGGGCGCGGAGUGCGACUACCUGAAGAUGUUCGGCGAGGAAUGGCUCCGGUCCAGGGGGCGGAGUCAGGCGAGCCAGCAGUUCGCCCUUCGCCAUCCGCGUUACGCCGGCCUCGUCGACAAGUACGGCGCGCCAGACGAAGGCGAGCUGACGAAGCGUCAACCGUUUGCGCUGAAGAAUCAGCUGUUACAAAUCACAUUUGUGUUUGUGGACGACGCGGCGAGGACGCCGGUGGAGAAGAAACUUCCAGCCUCCAUGGAGGUCCAGAAGGUCAAAGGUCUUCUGUCCAGAAUCUUGAAGGUCCCCGCGAGCGACCUGAAGCUGAGCUACACCAGCGCCAAGGUUGUGGGUCCAGAGUACCACAUGGACAGCGACCUCAAGACUUUAUUCUUCUACGCCGUGGAGGACGGCGACACGGUCUUAGUACGACGUUUGUAAACACAAACGCAGGAACGGCGCGUCGACGCACGUGUCGCCAACACAUCUUCACACUGCAAACGCAAAUAUACGACAAAAAAAAAAAAAAAAAGUCGGCCAUCGAUUUUCCUCUUUGGUCUUAACGACGAUGACGACGUGGCCGGCGUCUCUAAUUUCCACGGCGACCGUCGCAUCGUAGCACAGCUGGGAACGCUCGCCUGUUAGCGAUAGCAACAUGCUAACUGCACCGAUCAUGUUUGUCACUCAUUUACGAUUACAAUAAACUCCAAAUGUCAGCAACGUAAAA